CCUUCUCGUAAUAAUCAUUUGCUCUAUGACUUCUUCCUCUCUUAGAGUACCCAAGUCCACGCUCUACAGCCAACGACAUCUUCUCUUUUUUUUUUGGAAAUUCAUCGAGAAAGGGCUCGUUUAAAAAGAAUAAGGGGCACUGGUUUGUUUAUUGUACUUAUAGAGGGUUGGAUUUGUUUGUUUUGGGGUUUUACACAUUUUGGAACGGAACAAAAUGUCGGAUCUAUCAAAAGACGAAUUAGCGAACGAUGCAUACCAGGCGCUACUGGUUAUGUUGAAAUCGGAUGGGAAACACAAACUGAAGGAAGAAGAGGCACCUAGAAAACGACAAAAACGUAACAAAGUUACCGAGAAACUUUCAGUUGCUCAAGAGCCGGAAGAAGAUGAAGAAAACAUUGAAGACGCUGAACAGGAAAGUGCUUCUGAAGUUCAAGAGUUAUUAGAGGCUGGAGAUCAUUUACAGGAGGAUGAGGUUCCAAAAGAGAACGAUCCUUUUCAUACACAUUACGAAGCCCCAUCGACGGAGGAGCUGGCUUCUGCUAUAACGAAGCUCAAUAACGGUGAAAUUAAAAAAGAAAACUUGGAUUGUUCCCUUGGUGUCAAGCAAAUACAGCAAGUUCCUUCCGAAAAACUCUCUCUUCGUUUGAGUUCAUUUGCACCCGCGAAUGUCUCUGAUUUGAAGCUAAAGCAGCGACUUUUGCGCUCUUACCUGUCUAUCAAACCAUCUGGCAACAUGACAAAUCUCCAGUGUGAGUUGGCAAAGCAUAUCUUUAAUUACGAAGACGUUCUGUUUUCCAAUGUCUCUUCAAAAUGCGAUACUUUAGUCCGUAACCUUUACACGCUCCAUGCCAUUAACCAUGUAUACAAAGUGCGUGAUCAUGUUCUGAAGAACAGUGCCAAGCUUUCUCAAAAUCAAGAGCUCGAAUUUCGUGACCAAGGUUAUACUCGACCCAAAGUUUUAAUUCUGCUUCCUACUCGGAACGCCUGUUUACAGUUUGUUGAAACGCUAAUCCAGUUUACUGGUGCAGAACAGGUUGAAAACAGAAAGCGUUUCUCCAAUGAGUUCUCUAUCGAAACGGAGGUAAUUAGUGAAAAGAAACCCGAAGACUUUCGGCAACUUUUCGCUGGAAACACAGACGACAUGUUCCGUCUUGGCAUAAAGUUUACACGUAAAACUAUUAAAUUGUUCAGUCAAUUUUAUAAUUCUGACAUUAUUGUUGCCAGUCCUUUGGGUCUCCGCAUGGCUAUUGGUAACAAAAGUGAUAAGAAACGGGACUUUGAUUAUUUAAGUUCUAUUGAAGUUGCAAUUGUUGACCAGGCGGAUGCUUUGCUCAUGCAAAACUGGGAACACCUUGAGUACGUUUUUGAGCACAUGAACAAGUUGCCAAAGAACUCACAUGGUUGCGACUUCAGUCGUGUUCGGCCUUGGUAUUUGGAAGAGCAAUCUCGUUAUCUGCGACAAACGCUUAUGUUCUCUCAUUACAACGCUGUCGAUAUUAAUGCCUUUUACUUGCAUGAGAUGUUGAACUUAGCUGGCCGCGUCAAAUUUCAUCCAAAACAGAAGGGCGUUUUAAACUCACUUGGUUAUCACAUUACACAAACGUUUGCUCGCGUGCAAACAGAAUCGUUGCUGAAAGUGCCUGAUGCACGUUUUGAGCACUUCACAAGUACUCUUGUCCCUCAGUUGCUGAAGAAUGCUAUGGGUGGUAUACUCGUUUACAUUCCUUCCUACUUUGACUAUGUUCGUGUGCGCAACUAUUUCGAGGACGAAGCCAUUAGUUACGUCUCCAUUUGCGAGUACACGAAGAACUCUGAUAUCUCUCGUGCACGUACACAAUUUUACCAAAAUCGAAAGCAAAUUAUGCUGUACACAGAAAGAGCCCACCAUUUCAGACGUUUUGAUUUCCGUGGCGUUCGCGGUAUCAUCAUGUACGCGCCUCCAACAAAUGCUCAGUUUUAUGUUGAACUUACUCGCAUGCCCAUGAGAAGUAUCAGCGAUGGAAUUCUCGAUGCUGAUGCUGCUAAGUGUCGGGUUUUGUAUACAAAAUACGAUAUGAUUCCAAUGGAACCAAUUGUCGGUUCCGAACGUGUUACCAACAUGUGCAAGGGAAAGCAUGAUAUCUACGAGUUUGUAUAAAUAACAUUACUUGACUUUUACUCUACUGUAUCACAAAGGCGAGUUGUCGUUUAAGGUCAUUUACCACUAUUAAAAUGUGAUUCUGACCACACACGCGAGGACUUGAACACAGUAAUUAGUACUAGUUCAUUACUGUUUUUUGGCAUUCAAAGUAGCGACAUUUGGUAGAAAUCCUUACCGAAGACUUACGGUUUUUUAAUGCAGUGCUGGAGUAUACCUUAAAGCCUUCAUUACGUAGCUUUAACGAGUUGCAAUUUGGCUUGGCAAUUCAGUAACUGUAAGGGAUCUGGUUGCGCAAUCAGCCUU